AUGCCUCAAUGUCCAUCGUGCGGAAAAAUUCUGAAGGACCACACAUCUGUCGCUCGCCAUAUGAGCCAGCCCCGGUCUGGCUGCAACACGUGGCUAGAAGAUAUCAUCAAGCUUAAUUCAAAAGUGAAGGAAUCAGGUGAUGGGCCUAGAGCCACUCAACUAGGCUGGUAUGGUCCACGAUGGAAAAACUUCCUUGAGGUUACGAAGAGCGAGUGCCGCGCCCAACACGCGAUAGAGAACCCAUUCCCCAAACUAGCGAAAGAUUUGACAGGUUCCAUCAACGAGAUACUCAUGGCUUCGCUCGUCGAAUGGCUCGAGGGUGGUCAACAAGUCGAAGAGGGUAUUUGGCCUGAUCGCAAGCAUGAUAUGGCAAAAAUGCUGUAUGAGGAUUUAUCAACGUGGCGCUCGGACCUCAAGAAGACCGUUGCCAGUAUUGUGCCCUCCAUGUACGACCUCAUACCUCCAUCUCAUGUCCCACCCCAACAACGUGCUGCCUGGGUUGAAGAAGCUGCCACGGAGUUGCUCAAAGACGCUAUUUUCUUAUGCAACGGUGUAGAUGAAAAUGGGAAAACCGAAAACGCCUCUCAUCCUGUGCUCCGCGAGGCUUCUAUCUCUUUCUUCUAUACAGGGUCUUACCGUGUUGCUCGCAGGAGACCUGAGGUCUUCCAGAAGUCUUUACCGCUAGAGUGCUUGGCACUGGUUUGCACCGCGGUUAAUUGUGUCCUAGAUGGCUUUGCUAAGAACGGCAGCGGAAAAUCAUUUCCGAAGUUCACCGCAAAGGAAUACUCUUCUUUGUAUACUGCUAUGCUCACUAACCUGGAAUCGAUCAUGCGUGACCCUUACCAUGGACCGAAAUUAGCGCAGCAACUUCGUUCCUGGGCUGCAGCUGGAUGGCAAGGAGUUUUUGCUUUCGAAGUAUUGCAUGCUGAUGAAGUUCUCACAGGGCGGAGUCCUACAAAGUCGACGGCAAUGUGA